UUGGAACCACGCGCUUCUGCCGCCCGCCCGCACAGAGCGCAGCUUCGCCCGGGCGCGGCAGCAUCGCCCCCCAAAAAGCCGCAGGAUUUCCCAAACCUUUGCUUGCACUGAGGAAGAGAAGGAGGCCAUGAGGACGAGGUCGAUGGCCCGGGAGCCGCAGGCAGACAAGGAGCUGAGCACGGACAGCAGGGAGGAGAAAUCCCCGCGGCACAGCCUCGGCCAAGAGGCCGUUUGCAGCGGCUCCACGGCGCAGGAAUGCAACGGGGAGGAAAAGCCCCGCAGAUCCCGCACCAGGAGGGGCUGCAAACGCACAGCCCGGGGAUCGCAGCAGGAAAGCCCCAGCCCGGGCCGGGGAGGCGGCCGGAGCUCGGAGCUGGGGCUGCGUGAGCAGCGUCACCACGGGGAGAAGCCCCACAAGUGCUCGCAAUGUGGGAAGGGCUUCAGGAGGAGAUGCCGGCUGGUCAUACACUGGACAACGCACACAGGGGAGAGGCCCUACAAGUGUGGGGAGUGUGGGAAGGGAUUCAGAAACAGCUCACACCUCAAGGCCCACCAGAGGAUUCACACUGGAGAGAAGCCCUAUGAGUGUGAUAAAUGCUCUAAGAGGUUUUUUUUAAGAAGCCAUCUCUUCCUGCACUAUCGCAGUCACACGGAUGAGAGACCUUAUGAGUGUCCUGAAUGUGGGCAGGGCUUCAAGCACAACUACACCCUCGUCAACCACCGGCGCAUCCACACUGGGGAGAAGCCCUACGAGUGUGAUAAAUCCCCCACAGGGGAGAGGCCCUAUGAGUGUGGGGAGUGUGGGAAGAGAUUCAGCCGGAGCUCACACCUGACUGUGCACCAGAGAAGACACACUGGAGAGAAGUCCUACGAGUGUGAUAAAUGUUGUAAGAGGUUUUUAUUAAGAACCCAACUCCUCCAGCACUAUCGCACUCACAUGGAUGAGAGGCCUUAUGAGUGUCCUGACUCUGGGCAGGGCUUCAAGGAUAACUCCACCCUCGUCUCUCACCGGCGCAUCCACACGGGGGAGAAGCCCUACGAGUGUGAAAAAUGCAGGAAGAGGUUUCAGACCAGCUCUAGUCUCCUUAGGCACUAUCGCAUUCACAAGGACGAGAGACCGUUCCGCUGCUCCGACUGCGGGAAGGGCUUCAAGUACAACUCGAAUCUUGUCAGCCACCGACGCAUCCACACAGGGGAGAGGCCCUAUGAGUGUGGGGAGUGUGGGAAGAGAUUCAGCCAGAGAUCACACCUGAAUGUGCACCACAGGAGCCACACAGGGGAGAGGCCGUAUGAGUGUGGGGAGUGUGGGAAGAGAUUCAUGCAGAACACCAGCCUGACUGUGACGGGGAAAGCGAGCCCAAAGCCGAGGCGGAAAUGGCCGUGGCGGGAUCUUGGCGGCUCCCGCGUGGCGAUCGCCCGGUACCGGCGGGGAGGGGGCGAUAUCGGCUCUGGGGAUCCCCGGCAGAGGCGGGGGACAAGGCGGGAGCCCCGGAGCGGGGAGAGCGCACGGGGGCGAUCCCGGAGCCGGGGGAGCCCCGGCAGCGUGGAGGGGUGCGGGAGCUCGGUGAUGAGCGGGCUCCGGGCCCCCGAGGCUGAAAGGGGCGCUGACUUCUCCAGCUGCCCCCGAGGCUGGAAGGGGAUCUCCCAAACCUUUGCUUGCACUGAGGAAGAGAAGGAGGCCAUGAGGACGAGGUCGAUGGCCCGGGAGCCGCAGAGACCCUACGAGUGUGAUAAAUGCAGGAAGACGUUUCAGACCAGCGCCCGUCUCCUCCUGCACUAUCACAGUCACAAGGACGAGAGGCCUUAUGAGUGUCCUGACUGCGGGAAGGGCUUCAAGAACAACUCACAUCUCAUCAGGCACCGGCAUAUCCACACUGGGGAGAGACCCCACGAGUGUGAUAAAUGCAGGAAGAGGUUUCAGACCAGUGCCCGUCUCCUCCUCCACUAUCGUACCCACAGGGAUGAGCGGCCGUUCUGCUGCUCUGACUGCGGGAAGGGCUUCAAGCAACGCUCAACCCUUGUUGCCCACCGGCUCAUCCACACUGGGGAGAGACCCUACGAGUGUGAUAAAUGCAGGAAGAGGUUUCAGACCAGUGCCCGUCUCCUCCUCCACUAUCGUACCCACAGGGAUGAGCGGCCGUUCUGCUGCUCUGACUGCGGGAAGGGCUUCAAGCAACGCUCAACCCUUGUUGCCCACCGGCUCAUCCACACUGGGGAGAGACCCUACGAGUGUGAUAAAUGCAGGAAGACGUUUCAGACCAGCGCCCGUCUCCUCCUGCACUAUCACAGUCACAAGGACGAGAGGCCUUAUGAGUGUCCUGACUGCGGGAAGGGCUUCAAGAACAACUCACAUCUCAUCAGGCACCGGCAUAUCCACACUGGGGAGAGACCCCACGAGUGUGAUAAAUGCAGGAAGAGGUUUCAGACCAGUGCCCGUCUCCUCCUCCACUAUCGUACCCACAGGGAUGAGCGGCCGUUCUGCUGCUCUGACUGCGGGAAGGGCUUCAAGCAACGCUCAACCCUUGUUGCCCACCGGCUCAUCCACACUGGGGAGAGACCCUACGAGUGUGAUAAAUGCAGGAAGAGGUUUCAGACCAGUGCCCGUCUCCUCCUCCACUAUCGUACCCACAGGGAUGAGCGGCCGUUCUGCUGCUCUGACUGCGGGAAGGGCUUCAAGCAACGCUCAACCCUUGUUGCCCACCGGCUCAUCCACACUGGGGAGAGACCCUACGAGUGUGAUAAAUGCAGGAAGACGUUUCAGACCAGCGCCCGUCUCCUCCUGCACUAUCACAGUCACAAGGACGAGAGGCCUUAUGAGUGUCCUGACUGCGGGAAGGGCUUCAAGAACAACUCACAUCUCAUCAGGCACCGGCAUAUCCACACUGGGGAGAGACCCCACGAGUGUGAUAAAUGCAGGAAGAGGUUUCAGACCAGUGCCCGUCUCCUCCUCCACUAUCGUACCCACAGGGAUGAGCGGCCGUUCUGCUGCUCUGACUGCGGGAAGGGCUUCAAGCAACGCUCAACCCUUGUUGCCCACCGGCUCAUCCACACUGGGGAGAGACCCUACGAGUGUGAUAAAUGCAGGAAGACGUUUCAGACCAGCGCCCGUCUCCUCCUGCACUAUCACAGUCACAAGGACGAGAGGCCUUAUGAGUGUCCUGACUGCGGGAAGGGCUUCAAGAACAACUCACAUCUCAUCAGGCACCGGCAUAUCCACACUGGGGAGAGACCCCACGAGUGUGAUAAAUGCAGGAAGAGGUUUCAGACCAGUGCCCGUCUCCUCCUCCACUAUCGUACCCACAGGGAUGAGCGGCCGUUCUGCUGCUCUGACUGCGGGAAGGGCUUCAAGCAACGCUCAACCCUUGUUGCCCACCGGCUCAUCCACACUGGGGAGAGACCCUACGAGUGUGAUAAAUGCAGGAAGACGUUUCAGACCAGCGCCCGUCUCCUCCUGCACUAUCACAGUCACAAGGACGAGAGGCCUUAUGAGUGUCCUGACUGCGGGAAGGGCUUCAAGAACAACUCACAUCUCAUCAGGCACCGGCAUAUCCACACUGGGGAGAGACCCCACGAGUGUGAUAAAUGCAGGAAGAGGUUUCAGACCAGCUCUAAUCUCCAUUUGCACUAUCGCAUUCACAAGGACGAGAGACCGUUCCGCUGCUCUGACUGCGGGAAGGGCUUCAAGUGGAACUCAUAUCUCGUCACCCACCGGCGCAUCCACACUGGGGAGAGGCCCUAUGAGUGUGGGGAGUGUGGGAAGAGAUUCAGCCGGAGCUCACAGCUGACUGUGCACAAGAGGAGCCACACAGGGGAGAGACCCUAUGAGUGUGGGGAGUGUGGGAAGAGAUUCAGCCGGAGCUCACACCUGACUGUGCACCAGAGAAGACACACUGGAGAGAAGUCCUACGAGUGUGAUAAAUGUUGUAAGAGGUUUUUAUUAAGAACCCAACUCCUCCAGCACUAUCGCACUCACAUGGAUGAGAGGCCUUAUGAGUGUCCUGACUCUGGGCAGGGCUUCAAGGAUAACUCCACCCUCGUCUCUCACCGGCGCAUCCACACGGGGGAGAAUUAA